AGCAACAACGUGGAUUCAGUGCAGUUCACCGGUGUGUUGGAUUAAUGUUAUGUGUGACCAGAGUCUUCGCUUUCCACAAUGCAGAUAUCAAGUGUGAAUGAUGUGAAGAUUUAUAAUUUAAGCCAUGGAAAAUCUCUACCGGAGUGGUUGUCAGAUCGGAAGAAGAGACAGUUACAAAAGAAAGAUGUUGACAUCCAGCGCAGGAUUGAGCUCAUCCAGGACUUUGAGAUGCCCACAGUGUGCACCUCUAUCAAAGUAUCCAGGGAUGGUCAGUUCAUCCUGGCAGCAGGCACUUACAAACCUAGAAUCCGCUGCUAUGACACCUACCAGUUGUCCCUGAAGUUUGAGCGCUGUCUGGAUUCAGAUAUUGUGGCUUUUGACAUCCUGUCUGAUGACUACUCUAAGUUGGUGUUUUUGCACUGUGACCGCUACGUGGAGUUCCACUCGCAGCAUGGACACUACUACAAGACACGUAUUCCAAAGUUUGGACGGGACUUUUCCUACCACUACCCCUCAUGUGACCUCUUCUUUGUGGGGACAAGUUCUGAGGUGUUUCGACUGAAUCUGGAACAAGGGCGCUUCCUCAACUCACUUCAGACUGAUGCUGUGGAAAACAAUGUUUGUGACAUAAACCCUGUUCAUCAUUUAUUUGCCACGGGGACCUCUGAGGGAAGGGUCGAAUGCUGGGACCCUCGUGUCCGGAACAGAGUGGGCAUGCUGGACUGCGCUCUGAGCAGCGUCACUGAAGGAACAGAAGUUCAGAGUUUGCCCUCAGUGUGUGCGCUGAAGUUUAAUGGCUCCCUCACCAUGGCAGUAGGCACCAGCACAGGACAGGUGCUGCUUUAUGACCUGCGCUCCAGCCAGCCUCUGCUGGUCAAAGACCAUUUCUACAACCUGCCGAUAAAAUCACUCAAUUUCCACGAUCAACUGGACCUGGUUGUGUCUUCCGACUCCAAGAUUAUAAAAAUCUGGAACAAAGACAACGGCAAAGUCUUCACUUCCAUACAGCCUCAGACCAACGUCAAUGAUGUUUGCAUGUACCCGAAAUCAGGUAUGCUCUUCACUGCCAAUGAAGAUCCCAAGAUGAACACAUUCUACAUCCCGGCCCUAGGUCCUGCGCCUCGGUGGUGCUCCUUCCUUGACAACUUGACAGAGGAGCUGGAAGAGAGCCCAGAGAGCACAGUGUACGAUGACUAUAAGUUUGUCACCCGGAAGGACCUGGAAAAUCUGGGUUUGUCUCACCUGGUGGGAUCAUCUCUCCUGAGAGCCUACAUGCACGGCUUCUUCAUGGACAUCAGGCUUUAUCACAAGGUCAAAAGCAUGGCAAAUCCUUUCGCAUACGAGGAGUAUCGCAAGGAUAAGAUCCGCCAGAAGAUUGAGGAGUCCAGGAUCCAGAGGGUGCAGGUUAAGAAGCUGCCCAAAGUGAACAAAGAGCUGGCUCUCAAGCUGAUGGAGGAGGGUGAUGACGAAGCAGAGCUGGCUUCUAGGAAAAAGAAGGGCAAAGCUCUCCCCAGCGUCCUUGGAGACGACCGCUUCAAGGUGAUGUUCGAAAACCCCGACUACCAGGUGGACGAGCAGAGCGAAGAGUUCCGCCUCCUCAACCCCAUCGUCUCCAAAGUCGGACAGAAGAGGAAGAAGAAGCUGCGUAUGUUGGCUCAGCAGGCUGCCGCUUCCCUUCAGGCGGAUGAAGAGGACGAGGAGCCCGAGGGGCGAGCUAGCUCCGAGGAGGAGAGCUCAGACGAUGACGAUAAGAGCUGGGUGGAGGAGGUGAGGGAACAGCGGAGGCUACUGCGGCAGGAGGGCCGGGACCGCCGGAGGCAGGAGAGGAAGGAGGCGGACCGCGACACCAUCCUGCUGGAGAUGGAACAGAACGGAGGAGGGAAAACCUCAAACAUGUCUGAGAGCAAGAAGACAAAUCAGCCUCAGUAUUAUCAGAUUAAAUCUGGGGAGGAGUUCAGAAGUUUUAACGACAUGGCCCGCAAGCAGAGACUACAGAAGACUUCCUUGGAGGACCGUCUGAAGUUAGAGGAGCACUCUGGAACCAGCAACAUGGCCGACACUGCAGUCGGCAGCAAGCAGCUAACUUUCACUCUCAAAAAGUCGGAGCAGCAGAGGAAGCAGCAGCAGGCAGAGCGGGAACACCAUGAGGAGAGGAAGAAGCUGAGGCGCUCGGCCGGACACCUUACCAGCGGCCGCGGGAGAGGCUGGGGCGGCGGCAGGGGGAGAGGAGGAGGGAGAGGAGGAGGGAGAGGCCGGUACUGAGAAGGGCAGCUUAGUCCUCACCCAGGGAUUUGUGUCCUAGAUGGACAACAGAGACCAUACUGGCACAACCCUCAACUAAUGUCAAGAUUCUGUAAUGGCGCUAUUAAUUCAACUGAAAGUGUUGGAGAGAUCAGACUUGAAGCUCUAGAGACAUACUGUAGCUUCUGCACAAGCAGCAAAGAACUGACAGUGAUGAACGGAGAAGCCUGGCCCUUGCUUCUGGGUGGUCUGUGCCGUGUGUUUAGCUGCUCCUUAGAGCCUUUUAAAAAAGAUUACGUUUGUCGCUGCCUGUGUGCAUAUAAUGCUUAAGUCAUUAUCCAAAAGUACCAUGACUACAUACUUUUUAUUUUUAGCAGACGGAGUUAGUGAAAAAAAGAGCUGAAAGGACUUGAUCUAACUUGCCUUGUCUCAGGCGUCUCUUUGCUCCCAAGUUUAGAUUUCAGUCAGUGGAAGGGAGAAAAUUUAUUUCAAAAAAUGUAUUUUUAAAGCUCUUUGUUAUUACUGUAUAUUGUCACACAAACAAUGGAUUAACAACAAUUUUGCUUUAUAUUAUAUUUGGUACAACA